AAUUAUGAUUAUAUAUUGGACAAUCUUUUUGUUUUACGCCAAUUUCGGUUGUGCACUUAACAAGGAUGUAAUCCAACCAGACCCUGUGAUAGUUACACAACUGGGACAAAGUGUAUCACUCAAUUGCUUUUGUCAAUCUCAUUUGAUGAAAGUCUCUUGGUUCAAGCAAACUGUUGGACAGAAGCCUCUUCUCAUGGCAUCAUCAUUUUAUCACACUCAAAAUAGUUUUUAUUCCAACAACUUUAACAAAGACUUUACUGAGACUAAACAUUUGAGUGUGAAGAGAGGAGUCGACAGCUGUAACCUGACCAUCUCCAAGACAGAGUCAGGGGACUCAGCUACAUACUACUGUGUUAAUUUGUUAGCGAGGGAAGCCACAUUUGGAGAAGGAACUGUUUUAAUUGUCAAAGACUCAUGGUCCAACCACAUGUCUGUGCUCCAGCAGCCUGUGUCUGAGUCAGUUCAGCCAGGAGACUCUGUGACUCUGAACUGUACAAUACACACUGAGACCUGUGCAGGAGAACACAGUGUAUUUUGGUUCAGACAUGGCUCAGGAAAAUCCCAUCCAGGAAUCAUUUACAACAAUGGAGACAGGAGUGAUCAGUGUGAGAGGAGCCCUGAGGCUGGGUCUCCUACACAGAGCUGUGUCUACAACCUCCCCAAGAGGAACCUCAGCCUCUCUGAUGCUGGGACUUACUACUGUGCUGUGUCCUCAUGUGGGGAGAUACUGUUUGGGAAUGGUACCAAGCUGCAUGUUGAAGGAUGUUCAUCAGACUCUCUACUGUUGGUGUACUGCAUAGGAGUAGCAUUGGCUCUCUCUCUAAUCCUGAUCAUUUUCCUGACUUGUUUCAUUUACAAUAUGAACAAGAGAGCAUGUCUGCAUUAGUAAUAUUCUCCUCCAUUUUAUCAUUGUUAUUCACAGGCCCACGAUGCAGACAGUCUCCAUUAUGUAGCUCUGAAUCUGAGCAACAAGAAGAACAGGUCUAGAAGACAGAGAAGCAACAUGGAGGAAGAGACGGUCUACUCUGGGAUCAGACUGUAG